ACUGCUGGCAUGCACCGUGUUUCAACAUCGAGUUUGUCCAGCCAAGACCGAACAGAGGCAAUGCAAUGCAUACCAAGGACAUAUCUUCAUAUGUGCACCUCAAUAUCGUGUCGGCCUUGGUACGCAAUAUACCGUGCACAGCCGUGCAUUCAAUCGCCUCCGCUAUUCUAUCUUUCCAUUAUCGUCGUGAUAGUUUGGCGCUUCUUGUCGGGCAGCGAAAACAGCAGAUGCCUGACGUAUAGAGUUGAUCGAUGUUAUACGGUGGAGUGCGGUGCAAAGUCGAUUCCGGGAUCGUCAACCACUACAGCGGAGUUUCAAACGGUCUAG